AUGGAUACUGAGAUCGGGAGAAACUCGGACCAGUUGAGUUCAAAUGAGUCUCUGGAAGAAUGGACCCUGCUUGGUUGGACCGCUUUUGCGGUGCUGGUUCCGGUGCUUAUCACGUUAUGGUGCAGUUUCCAGAGGUCGAAGCGGAAGAUGCUCAUGAGAGACAUUCUUCGCAAGAGCAAGCACGGCUGGCAUUACACUGAUCUCUUCAACAAACCCACCUAUUGCUGUAUGUGCGCCCAACCUAUUCUCCAGGGCGCCUUUUGCGACUGCUGCGGACUAUGCGCCGACGAGCAAUGCAUAAGACGGGCAGACCGCACUCUUCCGUGCAAGGAAAUUAUGGAUCCGACCCACGCAGAUGGAAGUUUCCGUCACCGCUGGGUUCGGGGUAAUGUACCACUGGCAAGUUAUUGCGCAGUCUGUAAGCAGCAGUGCGGGACACAACCAAAGCUCUGUGACUACAGAUGUGUUUGGUGUCAGAGGACGGUCCAUGAUGACUGCAAACCUAGCCUGGAUGAUGGGGAUGGUUGUGAUCUUGGGGAGUUCCGAUGUCUUAUCAUCCCACCCCACUACCUCUACAACGUCAACAAACUGCGUCGCCGGCACCCAGAUGAAUACUGCAAGCUGGCUGCAGCCUAUGGAGGCGGAUGGACGCCGGUGCUGGUGCUGGCGAACACCCGCAGCGGGAACAACAUGGGCGAAGCCCUGCUGGGAGAGUUCCGCACCCUCCUUAACCCUGUUCAGGUGUUUGAUCUGUCUGAACUGGCUCCAUCCAAAGCCCUGCAGUUAUGCACUUUGCUCCCACCGGGCUGUGUCCGUGUGCUGGUGUGUGGUGGAGAUGGCACUGUUGGUUGGGUUCUGGACGCCAUAGACAAUAUGAGGCUCAAGGGUCAGGACCAGUUUAUACCUAGGGUGACUAUACUUCCCCUCGGCACAGGAAAUGACCUGUCUAACUCCCUGGGCUGGGGAGCAGGUUACGCUGGAGAAAUUCCUGUAGAACAGGUUCUGAGGAACAUUUUGGAUGCUGAGGUGGUGAAGAUGGACAGGUGGAAAGUUCAGAUCACCUCAAAAGGCCACUACUUUAGGAAGCCUAAGGUGCUGUCUAUGAAUAAUUAUUUCUCAGUGGGUCCGGACGCUUUGAUGGCGCUGAAUUUCCAUGCUCAUCGAGAGAAAACCCCGACCUUCUUUUCCAGCCGCAUCAUCAACAAGGCUGUGUAUUUCCUCUAUGGAACCAAAGAUUGCUUGGUGCAAGAAUGCAAAGAUCUGGAUAAGAGGAUUGAGCUGGAGCUGGACGGAGAGAGGGUCGCCUUACCCAGUCUGGAGGGCAUCAUCGUCUGUAACAUCGGCUACUGGGGAGGAGGGUGUCGGCUGUGGGAGGGGAUGGGAGACGAGCCCUGCCCACCGACACGGUUGGAUGACGGGCUGCUGGAGGUGGUUGGUGUGUUUGGCUCUUUUCACUGCGCUCAGAUCCAGGUCAAGCUCGCCAAUCCUGUCCGACUGGGCCAGGCACAUACUGUCAGGCUGGUGCUGAAGAGUUCCCGGAUGCCCAUGCAGGUCGACGGGGAGCCCUGGGCCCAGGGCCCCUGUACCGUCACCAUUACCCAUAAGACCCAGGCUCUCAUGCUCUACCACAGCGCCGAGCACACGGACGAUGACGACGAGGAGUCCAGCGGCUCCGAGGCGGAGGGCGCGUCGGCCGUCCGAGCCCGGCCGCGGGACGGGGUGCCAGGCCAUCAGUGA